AUGACACCUAUGGUUAUCGAUCAAAAACAAACACAAGUUAACAAUAGUAAUAUUCUCAAUGAUACUAAACAAGAUUUACUAACUGUAUAUGAUAUAUAUACUAAAUUCAAAAAGAAUAUAAUACUGUUUAUUGUUAGUGGUUUAGGAUUUUUAUCAAAUUUCAAUGAACUAGUUUAUGUUCCAGCAUUACCUAUGAUAGUUCAGGAUCUACAUACAACAGAAACAUUAGGUUUAUUAACAGUCAGUGUAUAUGUACUUGGAAGUUGUUUUGGCGGACUUAUUUGGGGAAUGUUAAGUGAUUAUUAUGGACGUAGAUCAAUCAUGUUACUUGGACUUUGUGGAUUUUUAUUAUCUGUGGGUGGUUCUUACUUUUUAUCAAAUAUAUAUAUAUUUUUAGUAUUUCGUGUAUUACAAGGAGUUUUUAUCUGUGUACCACUAAUUGUUGGUCAAGCAACAAUAGCUGAUAUAUAUCAACCAAACCAACGAGGACGAGCUAUCGCUUUCUUCUAUGCAUUUUAUUGCACGGGGUCAAUAGUUGGCCCAAUCAUCGGUGGACAGUUGUCUUAUCAUUUUGCACUAGGAUAUAUGUCAAUGAAUGUUGCACAUGUUUAUUUUUCUACUGAAUUAUCGAAAGCACCUUAUGACUACAAGUCUAACAUUAUGGGUAUAUUAUAUCUUCCAGGAUCAAUUGCAGAAUUUUCAGGUAGUAUUAUCGGUGGUAUUCUAUCUGAUUAUGCAGCAGUUAGAUAUAUGGAAACAUUAGGAAUUGAUGAAGGACAUGUUGUGCCUGCAUUAUUAUUUUCUGUACUAACACCUAUUGGUCUAAUCGUUUAUGGAUGGUCAUUUCAGUAUGGUGUACAUGUCUCACUGCCGGUCAUGGGGUCAGUUAUCUGUUAUUUUGGUCAAACAGGUACUCGACCUGGCAUCUAUUCAUUCUAUACAAUCAAAUAUCAACAACAUUCAGCCAGUGUUAUAGCAGCAAAUAAUUUUGUACAAUUGUUAUUAACAUCGAUUAUGCUAACAUUUACAGCGAUCAUUGUCGAAUCGAUUGGUAAUGGACUUUAUUUUACAACUAUGGCUGUGGGUAAUAUAUUAGCGACAAUUGUACCAGCGAUAAUUAUUUCAAGAAAAAUUAGAUUAUCAUCUGAUAUUUGUGAAAAGAUCCCUAGUCAAAGUACUCCUCUAAUAAGUACUGAUGCUACACAAUACCACGAAUAA